CCUUUCUCACGUAACCCACUAAGCCCAUAGCCCAACAACUUCAGCCCAAAUAAACCAUUCUUCUGCAGCACCGGUCACACCCCCAUUCCCGCCAAAACCUCGCCGGCAAAUUUCCCGGCGGCGGGGUUGUCUCUCAUUUCUCAACUCCGAACUUUAUGCAUACACAAAGCUUGAGCAUAUUCUCUCACUAUACAGAAAACUGAUUAGAAGAAAGGGAAGCGGAAGCGGAAGCUCCGGCUUCAGAAUGUCUCAAAGCAUUCUAUUGGAGUUCAAGAGAGUUUGUGAAGAAAGAUCUCUAUGAAGGAAAAAAAAUGGCCAAAAGAAAGCAAAUGCUUUGCUGCAAUCUGUUUUCAGUUAUUUUUCUUCUUCUUCUUGCAGAAGUAAUACAUUUUCCAGAGUGUGUUAAGGCUGCAGGUUCACCUGUUAAGUUUCUUCCAGGCUUUCAAGGACCACUUCCUUUUGAACUUGAAACUGGGUACAUAGGAGUGGGUGAUUCAGAUGAUGUUCAACUAUUCUACUACUUCGUUAAGUCUGAGUCUAAUCCAAAAUCAGACCCGCUUAUUUUAUGGCUAACUGGAGGCCCUGGCUGCUCUGCUUUAUCUGGCCUUCUCUUUGAGAUAGGUCCAAUAACAUUUGAGCCUGUGGAGUACGGUGACUUUAAGCCAGCGGAAUAUAAUGGUAGCUUCCCCUCACUGGUUUUGAAUCCUCAUACAUGGACAAAGGUAGCAAGCUUUAUAUUCUUAGAUCUUCCAGUUGGUACUGGAUUUUCCUAUGCAAGAACCUCAGAGGCUCGUCAAUCAGAUGAUCUACAAGCUAGUGAUCAUGCAUAUCAAUUUCUACACAAGUGGUUCAAUGAUCACCCAGAAUUCUUUAGAAAUCCAUUUUAUGUGGCUGGGGACUCCUAUGCGGGAAUAGGCAUACCAAUCAUUUCUCAACUCAUAGCAAAUGGAAAUGAGAAGGGACUUGAGCCAUUUAUUGAUCUUAAGGGAUAUUUACUGGGAAAUCCCGCUACAUUUCAUGGUGAAUACAAUUACAAGAUCUCAUAUGCUCAUGGAGUGGGUCUUAUUUCUGAUGAACUUUUUGAGUCCUUGAAGAGAAACUGUAAAGGAGAGUAUUUCGAUAUACAUCCUAGCAACACAAAAUGUUGGAAUGAUAUGCAGACUUAUGAUCAGAUGCUUGGUGGAAUUAACAAUGCGCACAUUUUGGAGCCCAAGUGUGAGUUUGGUUCACCAAGGCCACAAAAAUGGAUAGGCCAAAGAAGGUCUCUUGAUGAAAUGCUAUAUCUUGGACGACUAAGAUGUCGAUUUGACUGGGAAAAGAUGUCUUACCAUUGGGCUGAUGAUGACAAAGUUAGAGAGGCCCUCCAUGUUCGAAGAGGCAGUAUUGGUAAAUGGAAGCGAUGUGCUCGGGAUGCCUUGCCUUACCAAAAGAUAAUCGGAAACAGUAUUCCAUAUCAUGCAAAUCUCAGUGUCAAAGGCUAUAGGUCCUUAAUAUACAGUGGAGAUCAUGACACGAUUAUCCCUUACACAUCAACCGAAGCUUGGAUAAGAUCUCUUAACUACUCCAUCGUUGAUGAUUGGCGACCAUGGAUUGUUGAUGGUCAAGUUGCCGGGUAUACAAGGACAUAUUCAAAUAAAAUGACAUUUGCCACAGUGAAGGGAGGAGGACAUACAGCUCCAGAGUACAAGCCUGUUGAAUGUCUAGCCAUGCUGCGGAGAUGGUUAUCUUCUCAGCCUUUAGUUUGUGAAGAAAGCUCUCUAGGACAAGCCAAAAGAAAGAGAAGUCUUGUGCUUUGCUGCAAUCUGUUUUCAGUUCUUCUUCUUCUUGCAGAAGUACUUCAUUUUCGAGAGUGUAUUGAGGCUGCUGGUUCACCUGUUAAGUUUCUUCCAGGAGUCCAAGGGCCACUUCCUUUUGAACUUGAAACUGGGUACAUAGGAGUGAGUGAUUCAAAUGAUGUGCAACUAUUCUACUACUUCAUUAAGUCUGAGUCUAAUCCAAAAUCAGAACCUCUUAUUCUAUGGCUAACUGGAGGCCCUGGCUGCUCUGCUUUAUCUGGCCUUCUCUUUGAGAUAGGGUCAAUAGCAUUUGAGCCUGUCGAACUAACUGAAAUGUUGUUUAAUCACGUAGCAAGCUUUAUAUUCUUAGAUCUUCCAGUUGGUACUGGAUUUUCCUAUGCAAGAACUUCAGCGGCUUGUCAAUCAGAUGAUCUACAAGCUAGUGAUCAUGCAUAUCAAUUUCUUCAUAAGUGGUUCAAUGAUCACUCAGAAUUCUUAAGAAAUUCGUUUUAUGUGGCUGGGGACUCCUAUUCUGGAAUAGGCGUACCAAUCAUUUCUUAACUCAUAGCAAAUGGAAAUGAGAAGGGACUUGAGCCGCUUAUUAAUCUUAAGGGAUAUUUUCUGGGAAAUCCGUCAACAUUUCAAGGUGAAUUCAACUACAGGAUCCAAUAUGCUCAUGGAAUGGGACUUAUUUCUAAUGAACUUUUCGAGUCCUUGAAGAGAAACUGUAAAGGAGAGUAUUUUGAUUUACAUCUUAGCAACACACAAUGUUUGAAUGAUCGUCAGACUUAUGAUCAGAUGGUAGAAGGACCUGAACCUGGGCAAAUUUUGGAGCCCAACUGUGAGUUUGGUUCACCGAGGCCACAAAAAUGGUUUGGCAAAAGGUCUCUAGAUGAGAUGCUAUAUGCUGGACGACUAAGAUGUCGAUUUGACUGGGAAAAGCUCUCUUACCAUUGGGCUGAUGAUGACAAAGUAAGAGAGGCCCUCCAUGUUCGAACAGUUAGUAUUGGAAAAUGGAAGCGAUGCGCUGAGGAUGAUUUGCCUUUCCAAAAUAUAGUAUGUAGCAGCAUUCCAUAUCAUGCAAAUCUCAGUGUCAAAGGUUAUAGGUCCUUAAUAUACAGGUUGAGUAAUUAUAAGAUCAUGUGUCUUAAAAGUUAUGAAAUUUGUUCCAUAAAUAUAAUUAUCUAUGUGAAACAGUGGUGGAUCAUGACAUGAUGAUCCCUUAUAUAUCAACCAAAGCUUGUAUAAGAUCUCUUAACUACUCUAUUGUUGACGAUUGGCGAGCAUGGAUUGUUAAUAGUCAAGUUGCAGGGUAAGUUCAAAACUUAAUGCAUAUAUGUUCGUUGAUCAUGUCUGUAACAUGCCUUAACCUGAUGUUUUCUCGUCUUUUCGCUGUACUAAAACAUGCAGGUAUACAAGAAGGAAAGCAACUAUAUAUUUGACUUGUAUUAACUUGUUUCAUUUUCUACUGUUUCUUUAACAAGUUAAAACAUUUUUGUUGUUGUUGUUGAACUGUUGUGCAGAGAGGAGGACACACAGCUCCAGAGCACAAGCCUGUUGAAUGUCUAGACAGCCUCUGUGAUCAAAAGUAGCUGAUAAAUAUCAAAUCUCGAAACUGUUAAGUAGUUACAUGUCUAGAUAUUACCAGUAUCUUAAAGCUACAUUUUAAUAAGAGGCCUUAAUUUAUACGAUAAUGCUUCUGUUGUUGGCUUGCAUAACUUAUUCAGUAUAUGAUAUAUGUACUAUAUUUUAUUUU